UGCCGUCUGCCUCGUACCCGGUUCUUCUCCUGGUUCCUCAGCCGAGCCCGGCGCGGCCGCCAUGUCCGCCAGCGACGAGGUUGACGGGCUGGGCGGCCGGGCGUGGCCCGGCCGCACACUAUGGCUCCGUCCUGGAUAACGAGAGGCUCACCGCGGAGGAGAUGGAUGAGAGGCGGCGGCAGAACGUGGCUUAUGAGUACCUUUGUCAUUUGGAGGAAGCCAAGAGGUGGAUGGAAGCGUGCCUUGGGGAAGACCUGCCCCCCACCACGGAGCUGGAGGAGGGGCUGAGGAAUGGGGUCUACCUGGCCAAACUGGGCAACUUCUUCUCUCCCAAAGUGGUGUCCCUGAAGAAGAUCUAUGACCGGGAGCAGACCAGAUACAAGGCAACCGGCCUUCACUUCCGACACACUGAUAACGUGAUCCAGUGGCUGAAUGCCAUGGCCGAGAUUGGACUGCCCAAGAUUUUUUACCCAGAAACUACAGAUAUCUAUGAUAGAAAGAACAUGCCAAGAUGUAUCUACUGUAUCCACGCGCUCAGUUUGUACCUGUUCAAACUAGGCCUGGCGCCUCAGAUUCAAGACCUGUAUGGAAAGGUUGACUUCACAGAGGAAGAAAUCAACAACAUGAAGAUCGAGCUGGAGAAGUAUGGGAUCCAGAUGCCUGCCUUCAGCAAGAUUGGGGGCAUCCUGGCCAAUGAACUCUCAGUGGAUGAAGCUGCGUUGCACGCUGCCGUCAUUGCCAUCAAUGAAGCUGUGGACCGUAGAAUCCCAGCCGACACAUUUGCGGCUCUGAAAAACCCCAACGCCAUGCUUGUGAACCUGGAGGAGCUCUUGGCGUCCACUUACCAGGAUGUGCUGUACCAGGCCAAGCAGGACAAGAUGACCAACGCAAAGAACAGGACAGAAAACUCUGAGCGGGAGAGGGAUGUCUACGAGGAGCUGCUCACGCAGGCUGAGAUCCAAGGCAACGUAAACAAAGUCAACACCUCUUCUGCACUGUCAAACGUGGACCUGGCUCUGGAGCAAGGAUCUGUGCUGGCCCUCGUCAAGGCCCUGCAGUUGCCAGCGCUGGCCCUGCGGGGACUGCAGCAGCAGAAUGGGGACUGGUACCUCAAGCAGCUCCUGAGUGACCGGCAGCAGAAGAGACAGGGCGGCCAGACAGACCCCCUGCAGAAGGAGGAGCUGCAGUCUGGUGUGGAGGCCGCCAAUGGCGCUGCUCAGCAGUAUCAGAGAAGGCUGGCUGCUGUGGCCGCGAUCAACGCUGCGAUCCAGGAGGGCAUCGCUGAGAAGACGGUCAUGGAGCUGAUGAAUCCCGAGGCCCAGCUGCCCCAGGUGUACCCAUUCGCUGCUGGUCUUUACCAGAAGGAGCUGGCCACCCUGCAGCUCCAGAGCCCUGAGCACAGCCUCACCCACCCCGAGCUCUCUGUUGCUGUGGAGAUGCUGUCGUCGGUGGCCCUAAUCAACAGGGCACUGGAGUCUGGAGACGUGAGCACGGUGUGGAAACAGCUGAGCAAUUCCGUGACAGGUCUGACCAGCAUUGAGGAAGAAAACUGUCAGAGGUAUAUUGAUGAGCUGAUGAAACUGAAAGCUCAGGCACAUGCAGAAAACAAUGAAUUUAUUACAUGGAAUGACAUCCAAGCCUGUGUGGACCAUGUGAACCUGGUGGUGCAGGAGGAACAUGAGAGGAUUCUGGCCAUUGGCUUGAUUAAUGAGGCCCUGGACGAAGGGGAUGCCCAGAGAACUCUGCAGGCCCUGCAGAUCCCUGCAGCCAAGCUCGAGGGUGUCCUGGCACCCGUGGCCCAGCAUUACCAGGACACUCUGAUCCGGGCAAAGAGGGAGAAGGCCCAGGAAACCCAGGAUGAGUCGGCUGUGCUGUGGCUGGAUGAAAUCCAAGGCGGGGUCUGGCAGUCUAACAAAGACACCCAGGAGGCACAGAAGUUCGCCUUAGGAAUCUUCGCCAUUAACGAGGCGGUGGACAGUGGGGACGUUGGCAGAACCCUCAGUGCCCUGCGCUCCCCUGAUGUGGGCCUGUACGGCGUCAUCCCCGAGUGUGGCGAGACCUACCAGAGUGACCUUGCAGAAGCCAAGAAGAAAAGACUGGCGGCAGGAGAUAACAGCAGCAAGUGGGUGAAGCACUGGGUGAAAGGUGGGUAUUAUUACUACCACAAUCUGCAGACCCAGGAAGGAGGAUGGGACGAACCGCCAGACUUCGUGCAGAAUUCCAUGCAGCUUUCCCGGGAGGAGAUCCAGAGCUCCAUCUCAGGGGUGACGGCCGCAUACAACCGGGAACAGCUCUGGCUGGCCAAUGAGGGCCUGAUCACCAAGCUGCAGGCCUGCUGCCGUGGCUACUUAGUUCGCCAGGAAUUCCGAUCCCGGAUGAAUUUCCUGAAGAAGCAAAUCCCAGCCAUCACCUGCAUCCAGUCGCAGUGGAGAGGCUACAAGCAGAAGAAGGCCUAUCAGGACCGCCUGGCUUACCUGCGCGCGCAUAAAGACGAAGUGGUCAAGAUCCAGUCCCUGGCGAGGAUGCAUCAAGCGAGGAAGCGCUACAGAGACCGCCUGCAGUACUUCCGGGACCACAUAAAUGACAUUAUCAAAAUCCAGGCCUUUAUUCGGGCAAACAAGGCGCGUGACGACUACAAGACCCUCAUCAGCGCCGAGGACCCCCCCAUGAUUGUGGUCCGGAAGUUCGUCCACCUGCUUGACCAGAGCGACCAGGAUUUUCAGGAGGAGCUUGAUCUCAUGAAGAUGCGGGAGGAGGUCAUCACCCUCAUUCGCUCUAACCAGCAGCAGGAGAACGACCUCAAUCUCAUGGACAUCAAGAUUGGUCUGCUCGUGAAAAAUAAAAUCACGCUGCAGGAUGUGGUUUCCCACAGUAAAAAACUCACCAAAAAAAACAAAGAGCAGCUAUCUGACAUGAUGAUGCUCAACAAGCAGAAGGGGGGUCUCAAGGCACUGAGCAAGGAGAAGCGGGAGAAGCUGGAGGCCUACCAGCACCUGUUCUACUUACUGCAGACCAAUCCCACCUAUCUGGCCAAGCUGAUUUUCCAGAUGCCGCAAAACAAGUCCACCAAGUUCAUGGACUCCGUGAUCUUCACGCUCUACAACUACGCGUCUAACCAGCGGGAGGAGUACCUUCUGCUCCGGCUCUUCAAGACGGCGCUCCAGGAGGAAAUCAAGUCGAAAGUGGAUCAGAUUCAAGAGAUUGUGACAGGAAAUCCUACAGUUAUAAAGAUGGUUGUAAGUUUCAACCGUGGUGCCCGGGGCCAGAAUGCCCUGAGACAGAUCUUAGCGCCGGUUGUCAAGGAGAUUAUGGAUGACAAAUAUCUCAACAUCAAAACUGACCCUGUGGAUAUUUACAAAUCUUGGGUUAAUCAGAUGGAAUCUCAAACAGGAGAGGCAAGCAAGCUGCCCUACGAUGUGACCCCUGAGCAGGCGCUGGCUCACGAGGAAGUCAGGACACGGCUGGACAGCUCCAUCAGGAACAUGAGGAGUGUGACGGACAAGUUCCUCUUGGCCAUCAUCAGCUCUGUGGACAAAAUCCCCUAUGGGAUGCGCUUCAUUGCCAAAGUGCUGAAGGACUCGCUCCACGAGAAGUUCCCCGACGCUGGUGAGGAUGAGCUGCUGAAGAUUGUCGGCAACCUGCUUUACUAUCGCUACAUGAACCCGGCCAUCGUUGCUCCCGACGCCUUUGACAUCAUCGACCUGUCGGCAGGAGGCCAGCUCACCACAGACCAACGCCGAAACCUUGGCUCCAUCGCCAAGAUGCUCCAGCACGCCGCUUCCAAUAAGAUGUUCCUGGGGGACAAUGCCCACCUCAGCAUUAUCAACGAGUAUCUCUCCCAGUCCUACCAGAAAUUCAGACGGUUUUUCCAGUCUGCCUGCGAUGUCCCUGAGCUUCAGGAUAAGUUCAAUGUGGACGAGUACUCUGACCUGGUGACGCUCACCAAGCCAAUCAUCUACAUCUCCAUCGGCGAAAUCAUCAACACCCACACGCUGCUGUUAGAUCAUCAGGACGCCAUCGCCCCAGAGCACAAUGACCCAAUCCACGAGCUUUUGGACGACCUGGGAGAGGUGCCCACCAUCGAGUCCUUGAUAGGCGAGAGCGCUGGCAAUUUAAAUGACCCAAAUAAGGAGGCGCUGGCUAAGACAGAAGUCUCUCUCACUCUGACCAACAAGUUCGACGUGCCGGGAGAUGAGAACGCAGAGAUGGAUGCUCGGACCAUCUUACUGAACACAAAACGUUUAAUUGUGGAUGUCAUCCGGUUCCAGCCAGGAGAGACUUUGACUGAAAUCCUAGAAACACCAGCCACCAGUGAACAGGAAGCAGAGCACCAGCGGGCCAUGCAGAGACGCGCCAUCCGUGACGCCAAAACGCCAGAUAAGAUGAAAAAGUCGAAAUCCGUGAAGGAAGACAGUAACCUCAGCCUGCAGGAGAAGAAGGACAAGAUUCAGUCCGGCUUGAAGAAGCUCUCGGAGCUCGGGACAGUGGACCCCAAGAACAGAUACCAGGAGCUGAUCAACGACAUCGCCAGGGACAUUCGGAAUCAGCGGCGGUACCGGCAGAGGAGGAAGGCCGAGCUGGUGAAGCUGCAGCAGACCUACGCCGCCCUCAACUCCAAGGCCGUCUUCUAUGGGGAGCAGGUGGAUUACUACAAGAGCUACAUCAAGACCUGCCUGGACAACCUGGCCAGCAAGGGCAAGGUCUCCAAAAAGCCUCGGGAAAUGAAAGGAAAGAAAAGCAAAAAGAUUUCUCUCAAAUAUACUGCAGCAAGACUACAUGAGAAAGGAGUUCUUCUGGAAAUUGAGGACCUGCAAGUGAAUCAGUUUAAAAAUGUUAUCUUUGAGAUCAAUCCAACAGAAGAAGUUGGGGACUUUGAAGUGAAAGCCAAGUUCAUGGGAGUUCAGAUGGAGACUUUCAUGUUGCAUUAUCAGGACCUGCUGCAGCUGCAGUAUGAGGGCGUCGCGGUCAUGAAGUUGUUUGACAGGGCGAAAGUCAACGUCAACCUUCUCAUCUUCCUUCUAAACAAGAAGUUCUAUGGGAAGUAACUGGUGACCUGCUGUGCGCCAGAAGGACAAGGGAAGACGCGCCUCGAGGCCGCCUUUCUGGGUCCUUCUCCACUCAGUGGAAGCAAAGACCAGCCCACAGCGGAGCCUCCGUCCAUACACUCGGAUGCCACCAUUCCAACUCCCGUCCCAGCAGGGCACUUGCCGCCCUUGUCCACGGUGAACAUCGUAUUUCAGGCCUGGUCUGAUCCUUCUUGUUCUUUUGUUUUGUGACUUUGGAGAGCGUAGAAACGCCACUAAAACUCUUGUAGGAUCUUAGCAUUGUUUUACCAGACUGUUAGCUUGGGAACUGUUUCCUCAGAAACAGACAAUGAAAUAGGAAUUCUUACUUAGAUGUGGGUGCUGUUAGCACCGAGAACUUUCAUACACAGAAGGACCAAUCAGCAAAGCGCCAGCCGCUGCGGCCCCUCCGCCGUGCAGAGGCGGCCAUCACGGGCCUGUCCCGGCAGCGACACGCCUGCCUUUGGGCCCCAUCGGCUCCUCUCGUUCUGCUUCCCUUUACAGGGUGGUGACAUUUUAAAUGUCACCAUUAAAUUGGGACAAUUCUGGGCCUCCCCUGGUGGCGCAGGUGGUUGAGCGCCGCGCUGUGAAGCUGUCCUGGAGCCUCUGCAGCGCGGGUUCGAUCCCGGCCGGCCGGUGAGGGUCCCACAUGGCGCACAGACCUCUCCUCCCUCUCCCGCUGCUGCCCUGAACAGUGGAUUUCGGUCCGUCUGCCUGUUCUGUUCCCUGCUCUGGCUCCGGUGAAUCCUCUCACCCUCUCAGGCAUCUGGCCUGCACCCCGGUUCUCGUAUAAAUAAAUAAAUAAAUCUUUUGAAAAUAAAUCAACAAAUAGGGACAGUUCUGUUGCUGUAGCUCAUUCGUGGAGGGCAGAGUCCCACUGGCAACGUCCAGCUGCUCGGGUAAAUUUGGAGCCGUCCGAGCCCCAUCCUGGCCGGUGACUAGACUCGAGCACACGCCGCCACCAGCCCGCCCCUGCCCUGGAGCGUGGCCCCCACGCCCUGUGUCCUGGCCGAGGUGUCCCAGGCACCCCUUGAAGUUUCAUUUCCCUUCUUAGAGUGUAGAUGAUAGGAAUCUUAAAGAUGCACGUAAUAAUGCUUCCAGAGGCGUUAGGCUACUGUACGAAGAGGGUCUUGGAAACUGGCUCACAUGUAAGCGUGACCUCCGCGCUUCCUCGGAGCUGAGACGCCAGGGCCACGUGCCGGGCCGCGGCGCGCUCGUCGUGUCUUGCACGGCUGACGCGAAACCAGAACUCCAGCCGCCCGGUCUCGCGUCUCUUCCCCGCUUUCUUCUUCCUCCCUCUGAUGUCCCCCCGGUGCCUUAGCUCUUGGGAGCUGCCUUUAGUGGGAAGGGAUUCAGUGCUAAACGUUGACUUUAGUGAAGUAUUUUUAAGAAAAUUUGUUUAUACAGGAAGAUAUAUUCCAUCAUGCUUGCUACUGAAUCUAUUUUUGUCAUUUUAUUGGCUAUUAUGUCACAAAAUGUAAAAUUUUAACUUUUUAAAAUUUUCUGAUGGCUAUUUAAAAUCAAUAAACAGUUUUACUAGUAAACUCUGUGACGUGUCCCUGUUCACACGCAGGCUCGGGGCCGAGCGCUUUGCGAUGGACGCUCCCUGCCCAGGCCGGG